AUGGGAACCACAAAGCCCUCGCCGACUCCCACCCGGAAAUCACCCAGCCAGCCCCUUUCUUCACCUCAGCUCGAGCCUGGCAACCAUCCCCCACCCGCGCACCCCACUCCCGUUGCCAUCAUCCACCACCGCCGGACUGCUGCAUGGCGUUCAACCGUCGCCAAAGCCAUCGUGCUUGUCCAUCGCCAGCCCAACCAUACAUAUCCAUCCCAAACCCAGUACAAGAUCCAUCACUCCAUCCAUACAGCUUGCUUACAUGCAUCCUCCUUCCCAGAUCUGGAAACUUCUUCCGCCAUCGGUGGGCCCGCCCUCCGGCUCAUGCACCAGCCGGUCUCUGCCGCUCGCCCGGGGGACACAUAA